AUGGGGGACGGGGAGGGCAGAGGGGGAGGCGUCAGAGGCGAAGGCGCGAGCCUGGGGGGAGGGGGGAGGGGGCGACGCGAGGGGCGGGAGAGGGGGCUGGCGGGCGUGGAGGAGGGGGGGGCAAGGGGACGGGACGGAGAUACAUGUCGGGGUGGACUGAGCAGGUGGGGGGAAGGGAGGGCAGGGUGCUCAGGGUGGGGCAUAAGGGGGGGGGGGUGGGGUGGGAGGGGGGGGGCGGGGGGGGGGGAGGGUGGGGAGGGGGGGAACGGAGGGAGGGAGGGGCAGAGGGACGGCGUAGGAGGGGGGGGGGUGAGGAGGGGGGGAGUAGGGGGGUGGGUGGCGCGGGCGGGAGGAACUGGGGGGGGGGGGGAGGGGGGGGGCCCCGGGGAGCGUGGGGGGAAUAAAGAGGGGGAGGGGAGGCGGGGGGGUGGGGGGAAGGGUCAGGUGCUGGGGGGGGACUGGGGGUGGGGGGAGGGGAGAAGGGGGGGGGGAGAGGGCAUGUGGUUUGUGCGGCAGGGUUUGGGGCGGGAUGGGAAGGGGGGGGGGCAGGGGGGGGGGGAGGAGAGGCGGGGGGCAGCCGAGCAUGGUGAAGGGGGGGAGGGGGGGGGAAGAGGGGGGGGGGUAGCCGGGGGGGGGGCGGGGGGAGGGGAGGGCCGGUGGAGCGUAGAGCUAGGGUGGGGCGGGGGGAGGGGGAGCCCGGGGGGGGGGUGGGGGGGAGGGCGGGGGGGGGAGGGGGGGGGAUGGCGCGCGGGAGGUGGUGGCGGCGGUGAGGGAGGGGAGGGGGGGGGGUGGAGAGGAGCGGGGGGGGGGGGGGGUGAGGAGCUGUGGGGGGGGGCGGGUGAGCGCAUGGUGCGCGGGGGGGGACGACAGCGGUUGGAUCGCCAGGUGGGCGAGGGAGAGGGAGGAAAGUGA